AUGCUUAGGCUUCCCGACGGGAGAACUCCGCUCGCUAGCAGAACACUUGCUCGGUCAACGGGCGUGUGGAACGGCGGGCGAAGUGUUCUUCCUGUGCUCUUGAAGACCUCAGACGAUUCUGACACUCAACUUGAAAAGGGGAGAUUGUAUUCUCUGGAGGGCCAAAUUACCGGGAUAGACUCGUUGGGUGUGCCGAGGUUUACAUGGAUUCCAGGGGAUCAACGCCUGAGCAAUUUAGGAAAGCGCUAUGCUGAGUGGCAGCAAGUCAGGGUUUCCGGAGUUGGAGUAAUCAAGAAAGUUCGUGUUGUCGAGAUAGGGAGUGGUACCGAAGAUGACCUUAUUGAUAUCACGGUCGAAAAUUUGGCAGAGGCCCGGUUUGGCGGAGCCAUGCGCGUGCGAUGCCUGUUGGGCUGGAAGUUCUGUAAGGUGCCCGAAGAUACGACGUUGUAUGUUGGAAGUAAGAUAUUUUACGAAGGUGUUCUCGACGGCUGGGCAUCUUCCUGUGGUCGCAUGGUCAUCAAGGUUCGCAGCGCAACUGUAAAUUUUGCUGAUAUCCAGCUCGCGAGAUCGACACUUUCACCUGAUUCGGACGUCUACGCCUAUUAA